GACGGGUGACAGCUUCCCUGGAGUCCGCUUAGUCUCUGUCUCCCCGCGCGUGCUCAUCAAAAUCAUCACACACCAGCUUUGAUAUAGCCAUUGUGACUCCAAUUUCUUACGGAAAAUUUCCAUAAAGCCAAUACGUUUCAAAUCUACGGCUUUUAAUCCGGACUGGUCUAGCUUUCUACCAACGCCAGACCAUAAGAUUACACGCCCGUUGCCUGUAGUAAUCUUCCACAAAGUCCAACCUUUCAGAACAAUGACUCGGGGCCAAAUUCUUCGUCGCCUUCUUCUUCCCGGAAUCGCAGUGACCGGAGGAGCUGUAAUCAUAUACAGCUACAGGCCACGCCAAAUCCCAGGAGCCAACCCUGCCGCGGUCCCCCCUCCAACCUACGCGCCAGAUGGCUCCUUUACUAUGCCUCGCUUCCCUCGCGUGAAGAGCCGUGAAGAGCAGCUUAAUGCUCUCCGAAUCAGCGGGAAUUCUGAUCAAUCCCAAGAAUAUGACAUGCUGGUCAUUGGCGGCGGCGCUACUGGCAGCGGAGUUGCUCUUGAUGCAGCGACUCGCGGUCUCAAGGUUGCCCUGGUCGAGCGCGAUGACUUUAGCAGUGGCACUAGUAGCAAGAGCACGAAGCUUGUACAUGGUGGCGUUCGAUACUUGGAAAAGGCUGUCUGGAAUCUCGACUACAAUCAGUAUCAGCUUGUUCGGGAAGCAUUGAAAGAACGCAAGUAUUUUCUACAAACUGCUCCUCACUUGAGCAUGUGGCUUCCAAUCAUGCUACCUCUUGACAAAUGGUGGAAAGCACCAUAUUAUUGGGCAGGGACUAAGUUCUAUGAUAUUCUUGCAGGCAGCGAGGGUAUUGAGAGCUCCUACUUCUUGACUCGAAGCAAAGCACUCGAAGCGUUCCCUAUGUUGAAGCAAGAUGAUCUCAUCGGCGCUCUUGUUUACUACGAUGGUGCACAUAACGAUUCUCGUAUGAACGUCUCUAUUGCAAUGACAGCUACCCUGUAUGGUGCAACAGUUGCAAAUCACACUGCCGUCACUAGCCUCAUUAAAAAUGAUGCAGGCCGUCUCUGUGGCGCUACUGUGCGAGAUAUGGUAGCAGAACGUGACGGAAAGACGAUUGAAGAUAUUACUGUCCGGGCAAAGUGUAUCGUCAACUGUACUGGACCAUUUACGGAUUCUAUUCGCAAAAUGGAUGACCCGAGCUGCAAAGAAAUUGUAGCGCCAUCGUCUGGCGUUCAUGUUAUCCUUCCAGGAUACUACUGUCCUGGAAAGAUGGGCCUCCUUGACCCAUCAACGUCCGAUGGUCGGGUCAUCUUCUUCCUUCCCUGGCAAGGUAACACAAUCGCAGGAACGACGGAUUCGCCGUGCGAGAUUACACCCAAACCAGAACCAGAUGAGGACUCCAUCAACUGGAUUCUACAUGAAAUUCGGCAGUACCUUUCGCCCGAGAUCAAUGUGCGACGAGGCGACGUCCUUGCCGCUUGGUCUGGCAUUCGCCCCUUGGUGAAGGACCCCAAAGCCAAGAAUACUGAGUCACUUGUACGAAACCAUCUAAACUAUAUUUCGGAAUCUGGUCUCUUGACUUGCGCUGGUGGUAAGUGGACGACCUACCGCCAAAUGGCAGAAGAUUGUGUCGAUGAAGCUAUAAAAGAAUUUGGACUUGUAACGAAACCAUUCCCCCAUGCGCCCCGUAUCAGCGGUACCAACCUGGUGGAUGAUGGCGCUAUUCUUGAUGGCAAGUGCCAGACACAUACAGUGCGUCUGAUUGGAGCUCAUGGCUUCAGUAACACACUCUUCAUCCCCUUGAUUCAGCACUUUGGCGUGGAAACUGAAGUCGCCAAGCACCUCUGUGAAAGCUAUGGAGAUCGUGCAUGGGUAGUGGCCGGACUCUGCAAGCUCACAAAUCAGCGAUUCCCUGCUCGAGGAGAACGUAUCUCCACGUUGUACCCUUUUGUCGAUGGCGAAGUCCGAUAUGCAGUUCAAGAAGAAUAUGCUCAAACCGCCAUUGACGUUAUUGCUCGUCGGACCCGUCUCGCAUUCCUGAGUGUUCAGGCUGCUCUAGAGGCCCUUCCUAAGAUUAUUGAUAUUAUGGCCGAUGAGUUGCACUGGGACAAGAAGAGGCAGGCUACCGAAUGGAAUGAAACGGUUUCGUUUCUAAAGACGAUGGGUCUACCACAGCCCCUGCAAGGUGUGACCAGACAGCAAGUCGAACAGGGCAAGCUCGAUUUUGCAAACUCACUAGAAUGGAACAUGUAUUCACGUCACAACAAACCGACCGAGUGACUUGCUGGUGGACUAAACGCCGCAUAGUUGGUGAAGAUGGCAUGACUUUGGAUGGUUUAGGAUGAUUGUGUUAGUUCAUUUACCUCUAUUUCAUAGUAAUGUACUUUUUGUAGCAACAUUCUUGACGUGAGGGUUGAUCGGGGAAGUUCUAAUCGAACGUACCCUUCAAGCUUCGAGCGGCAUAUAAAUGUAUAAUAUCAAAGUGUAUUGAAUGGCUCCCAAGCCGUUCGCCGUCAUAAUUAUCCCAACGCCUCAUCUAUGAGAUCCGGAAAUAAAACUAAAACUUUCAACAAACAUUACGCUAGUAGUUGUACAUGUCAGGUAUCUGCAUUCCGUAAACAGUUUAACGCCAAAAGUUACUCCAGUAGCCUCCCCAACCCUGAGGAGAGGCUAGUUCCAAACGCCUAAUUAUACGCUGCAAGUAAGAAGCAGCGGAAUACUGUGUGUUGUGUGACUUCCUUGAGGUAUCAUAUCAAAAAGCCAUGAUUGCCAGUCAAAAUUUCAGAACGGCCCAUUCACGACGAACUCUGGCCAGAGCUGCGACGAGAUUGGUUCAGGUCUGAGGAAGACGACGAUGGCCCGCGGCUACUUUUGCGGUUAAAUCCCAAUCUGGCACCGACGCGCUUCCAUCCCUUGGUGUGAGCUGCGAUGGCGCGCUGCAGGCCACCUGGUGACGAUGCCAAGCCGCCCCAAUCGGAUGUUGGGGGCGUUGUGGGAGGCGUCAUGGGUUCUGCGGUUGUUGGUGAGUUGACUUCGCUGUCAUCCGUUAGACCCUCAGAAUCUGCCACUGUGAAGGGCGCAGUAAUACUGCGCGCAUGAUUCCGUAGAGAUCGCGAUGUGGCUAACAGAGAGCUGCUCCGAGGCGACCUUGAGGCCCGCUUAUCCUCGGUGGUAUCUGGUUGUGUGACUGUGAUGGAUUCAAGGAAGGGGACGAGGAGAGAGUCGUUCAUUAGUUCAUAGAUGAUGCGCCCGGCCUCGUUCAGUUCGGAUGGAUGUGGCGGAUCGGGGCCAGCCAUGGCUAGCAAUCGGUCGCGAACGCGUGACGGAAUAUUAAUCUCUCGCGGUGCGCAUGGUACAAUGUAUACUUGAAUCAGGCGCUCCCAAAGGGUACACGCGCGUUCAUGACUUUCCUUGUCGGUUGGAUCAACAGACAUGUAUUCAUCGUGGAACUGGGCGUAUCUCUGCAGAUCUAAUGUGAACUCGAGAGUUUCCAUGCAAUGGUUUUGUGACAGAUACGCCAUGAAGGCAGCAAGUGUCCAUGGCGCGGGAGAGUUGUCAAGGAGGAUGUCGUUUAGUGUCGGAGGAGAUUGAGAGGCCAUUGUGUAUCGGGGUGAUGAGGAGCGCGACGAGAAAGUGCCGCUGCUCCGUCUGGAGUCAACACUCUCCACGUAGAUGUCCUCAAAGGCGGAAGAGGGUGGAGUGAAAAGCUCGAGUGGGCUGACUGGUCUCAGGCAAAUGGGAGACUGCCGACGUACUCUCGCAACCACCAUGUCUACCCCAGACGUGGAUGGCGGUCGAUGCAACGAGAGCGUAUAGGAGCCCAGAGCCGUGCCUCACAGAGGCGAUGACGGGGAGUGCUGGUGUAUAAGACCGGAGGCGAUGAUAUUUCGUGAUAGAUGGCAGGAAUUAGAGGUUGUUUCUGUGUCGCGAGAGUCGAGAAAGCGCCGUAGAUGGGCGGGAUCUGAGACUAGGGUGUGUUUGACAGGCUGAGAGUCGAUCCACCAGCGGGAAGAGAGUAAGACAGGUAAGCGACAGGCAGAUAAGUAAAGGCGGAUAUGGACGACGAUGAAGAGGUAAUCGUCGCAAGAUAUCUAGCCGUCAAAUAUGUCAGAUGGGCCAUGCAGGCAAAGUCAAGGGCAAAAAAAAGUCAGACGUUUGGCCCGCGACCCGGAUUAGGCGAGGCCGUGUGUGGUCGAGGCCCCCCCCCAAAAAAAAUUCAGGUUACAGGGUGCACCUGGCACCUGGCAGCUGGACCUGUAGGUAAAUGAGUCGGAUGGCGGUAGGCGUUAUGAAAACACGACUAGAAGAGAAGAGCUGAGGCCGAGCAAAAGGGUAAGUCUCGAGCCUGCUGGCGCUGAAAUCUACUUUGGGAUUCCCUUUUGUGCCUUCUUCUGUUUGGUUUUGGUUGCGAUGGCUCCCUUAACGGCGCUGGCGCUGAUUACAAUGGCAGCUGGGGGGCGGGCACACUAAAGUACAAAUACAAGCGGGGAGAGGGGGACGUGCAAUAGAAGGAUGGAAGAACCAAGGCAAGAGCCUGGAAGAACUGGUCGCAG